AUGGCGCAACCAGCGGAAAAUUAUCAGGCUCUUCUCAGCAUUACGGCGGUGCGCGCUCUCACACCAUUGCAGGAAGCCGAGGCUACAUUGACUGUGUAUCAACUCGCACAAUCUCCAAAGCGUUACUACGAUCAUAUUCGGAGCGCCAUCCUAGAGACAGAUGUGGGCGGCGACGCCCCGGGGCGCUGGCACGUGCUCACGGCCCAGUCCUAUGCGGACGUGGACGCGCUGAUUGUCGCAGUCGAUGUCGCGGACCCGAUUACCCUGAACGAGCUGCGGGAGGAACUGGGGCGAGUGGUGCGCGGGCGACGCGUGCAGGGACGGACCGAGCCUUUCCCUGUCGCGAAACAGGGGAUUCCGUGGCUGGUCCUCGUGGUGUUCAAGGGGGAGGUAAUGGAUGAAAAGAUUGCUCGAGAGCAGGUCGCAGCUCUGCGUUUGAAUGAGCUAAGCAUCGACUGGGUCUUCCACCCCGUCGCGGCGGGUAAUGGAAAAGAUACCAAGCAGUCUGUUUCCUGGCUGACGAAGAGACCAGAGGAAGAUACGAAGGAGGUUUUCGAGCCGAGCCACCCUUCUGCGCUGGACUCCACCGCCCUAUUUAAGCCGUUCAUGGGUGAAACCAUAAGCAUGGGCGUGCUAGGCAUGUGGUCUCUAAUUAUGGUGCUGGCGGAUGACGACAACAAUCCUCCAAUCCUGGAGGCCGUGUAG